CCGGUUGAAAACAAACGCAUUGCAGGCCGGCCGGCCGGCACGCACUCCGACUACUCCGCUCACCCACCGUGCCGCGCGAGCCUAGCGUAGCUCUCUGCUGGUGCCGGUCGGCCGUCAUGGGGCCGGCGCUUCUCCUGCUGGUGGUGGUGGCAGCGGCGGCGCUCGCGGUUACGGAGGCGUCCACGUCGGCGUUCGCGGCGGCGUCGAACAACGCGACGGCGCCGCCGCCGCCGCCGCCGACGGUGGUGGCGGGCAAGCUGAACGUGCACCUGGUGCCGCACUCGCACGACGAUGUGGGCUGGCUCAAGACCGUCGACCAGUACUACGUCGGCUCCAACAACACCAUCCAGGGCGCCUGCGUCAUGAACACGCUCGACUCCGUCGUCGACGCGCUCGCCAGGGACCCCGCCCGCAAGUUCGUCGUCGUCGAGCAGGCUUUCUUCCAAAGGUGGUGGGCAGAGAAAAGCCCGACAAUCCAAGCCAUAGUCCACAAGCUGGUCGAUUCGGGUCAGCUAGAGUUCAUAAAUGGUGGGUGGUGUAUGCAUGAUGAAGCUGCUGUACAUUACAUUGACAUGAUUGAUCAGACCACACUUGGUCACCGGCUGAUCAAGAAACAGUUCAACAAGACUCCAAGAGCUGGCUGGCAAAUUGAUCCUUUUGGUCAUUCUGCAGUUCAAGCAUAUUUGCUUGGAGCAGAGCUUGGUUUUGAUUCUGUACAUUUCGCAAGAAUUGAUUACCAAGACAGGGCAAAGAGGAAAGCAGAUAAAGGCCUAGAGGUCAUAUGGCGCGGCUCAAGAACUUUUGGUUCAUCUUCACAGAUCUUCACAAAUGCAUUUCCUGUUCAUUAUAGCCCACCAGAUGGCUUUGACUUCGAAGUUUUGGAUGAAAUCAUACCUGUUCAGGAUGACCUGUCACUCUUUGACUAUAAUGUCGAACAACGUGUGAAUGAUUUUGUUGCUGCAGCAAUAGUACAGGCAAAUGUUACGCGUACAAACCACAUCAUGUGGACGAUGGGGGAUGAUUUUAACUACCAGUAUGCUGAAUCCUGGUUCCGGAAUAUGGACAAACUUAUCGAACAUGUGAACAAGGAUGGCCGAGUGCACGCACUGUAUUCUACCCCCUCCAUCUACACAGAUGCCAAACAUGCAUCAAAUGAAUCGUGGCCAGUAAAAUAUGAUGAUUAUUUUCCCUAUGCUGAUUCAACAAACGCAUACUGGACUGGGUAUUUUACAAGCCGUCCAACAUUCAAGCGAUAUGUUCGAGUGUACAGUGGAUAUUACCUGGCUGCUCGUCAAAUAGAAUUUUUAGUGGGUAGGAGUUCCUUAGGAUUAUUCACUUCCAGCUUGGAAGAUGCAAUGGGAAUUGCCCAGCAUCAUGAUGCAGUCUCAGGUACUGCGAAACAGCACACAACUGAUGACUACUCAAAACGGCUUGCUCUUGGAGCAUCAAAGGUUGAAAAUGGUGUCAACACUGCUCUGACUUGUCUCACAAGCUCCAACGGAACAUGUGUGUCCUCUGUAACAAAAUUUGAACAGUGCCCACUUCUGAAUAUAAGCUACUGCCCUUCAACUGAGAAAGCAAGUUCAGCAACAAAGAGUCUAGUUGUAGUUGUUUACAAUCCUCUUGGAUGGGAACGUAGUGACUUCAUAAGGGUUCCUGUCAAUGAUGAAAACCUAGCUGUAAAAAACUCAGAUGGAACUAUUGUUGAGUCCCAACUAGUUGAGGUUGAUAACCUGACCGACAAUUUAAGGAAGUUUUAUGUGAAGGCUUAUCUUGGAAUCACAUCAGACAAGGCCCCUAAGUAUUGGCUAAUAUUUCACGCUUCCGUACCACCAAUGGGAUGGAAUUCUUACUACAUUUCGAAACCCACUGGAGCAGCAUACAACGGUACUGGGAAUGUCUCUGCGGUGGUUUCUCCAAGUAACGACACAAUUGAAGUUGGGCCAGGGCCUCUAAAGAUGUCCUUUUCAUCAGCAUCUGGACAACUCAAGAGGAUGUUCAAUUCCGUCUCAGGAGUGGAUUUACCAAUUCAGCAAAGCUUUCUUUGGUAUAGAUCGAGUGAAGGUGAUUCCAUGGACUCACAGGCAUCUGGAGCUUAUAUUUUUAGACCUGAUGGUAAUACGCCAACUACUGUUUCAUCAUCGGUGCCACUGAAAGUUAUCUGUGGACCUCUGGUCGAUGAAGUACAUCAACAAUUCAGCUCAUGGGUAUAUCAGAUUACACGACUCUACAAGAACAAGGAGCAUGCUGAAAUUGAAUACACGAUUGGACCAAUCCCUAUUGAUGAUGACAUAGGGAAGGAGGUUAUCACACGAAUGACAGCAAAUAUGGUCACGAACAGUACAUUUUAUACGGAUUCUAACGGAAGGGAUUUCCUCAAAAGGGUGAGAAACUUAAGGGAAGAUUGGGAUCUUCAAGUUACUCAACCUGUUGCAGGAAAUUACUAUCCGGUUAAUCUGGGACUGUAUAUAGCAGAUGGAAAGUAUGAACUAUCUGUACUUGUUGAUCGUGCUGUUGGAGCAUCAAGUAUCCAGGAUGGUCAGCUAGAGAUUAUGCUACACAGGCGUUUGCUUAAAGAUGAUGCUCGAGGUGUUGGAGAACCACUAGAUGAAGUUGUUUGUGUGGGUGAAGAUUGCGAGGGGCUCACGGCCAGGGGCACUUACUAUGUCAAUGUCGAAAACAUAGGGCACGGAGCUCAUUGGCGACGUACAUAUGGCCAGCAAGUCUAUUCGCCCUUUCUCCUUGCUUUUGCUCAUGAGGAGGAGACAAGAUGGAAAUCCUACAGUGUUCCUAAAGCUAGCAUGAUGGAUGCAAACUACAGUCUUCCUGAUAAUGUCGCAAUCGUCACUUUGCAGAAUCUAGAUGAUGGUACCACACUACUCCGCUUGGCCCAUCUUUUCCAGGCUGCUGAGGACCCUCAAUAUUCAGUGCUAGCAAAAGUUGAUCUGAGAAAGGUGUUCGGGAAGAGAACUAUUAAGGAAUUGACCGAGACUAACCUUUCUGCAAAUCAGAAGAAGUCAGAGAUGAAGAAGCUCAACUGGAAGGUCGUCGGGGAAACUGAAAAUGGUCCCGACCCGAUAAAAGGCGGCCCCAUUGAUACUCAAGCUCUGGUUAUUGAGCUGGGACCCAUGGAGAUACGCACGUUCUUGCUGAAGUUUUAA